CCGUACAGGGCGACCUGUUUUUUGGUGAGUUUGAAAAGUUUGUUGAAAUAUUUCUUGAAUUUGGAAGCUUUUUAGACAACGUGCGGCCAUCACACGCUUAAGAGCGAUUUGUAAACGUGUUAAAUAUUAGUUCAGACCGAACUGACAACGUUUUGAUCUGUCGUUUAAGAGCCUGUAGAACCUGAAGCGAUUCUGGCGACGUUGACGAAGCAAAAACAAACUCGAAAACAAGCUUGUCGUCUAUUGAUCUGAGCGUUUUUUGCUGAAAUGUCGAUUAGAUCGUUUGGAAAUCGGUGAUUCGUCGUGUUUUGUGUAUUUUCUCAGCGACGGUUUCUGUUUCUAUGGCAGUGUUUUUCCUGACAACAUACUAAACACCUUUGUCUUACAGGUCUAACCACGCAUGACACGGGCUGUGUUUGACGCAAAUCGAUUAAGUUCCGACUAACUGUCCUUAUCAACGGUCGAAUUUUAUCGCCAUCCUUGAAUUGAAGUCGUCCGUUAACGAUAUAUGAUCGAGUAUCUUCCUAGGAUGGAAUGAAUGGGCUCGUUGCGCGCAUGCGCGAAGUGUUCCAAAGUUUAUAAACAAGAUUGUCACAUGACGGCGAGAUUGUGAAAUAGUUUGAGUAUACAUGAUGGUGUGGAAGGUUGCGACCCCAACUCACCAGUCUAGUCGCACAAGGCCUCAAAUUAUGGAGUCUCAAAGUCGACAAACCGACCCAGAAGGAGUCCUGACUGCGGCCUGUGACGAGCGACUUUCCCCACCAGCUUCCAAUGCAUCAAUGGAAUACAAUGACCUUCCCGACCUGCAGGAGGUUCCCAAGACAGAGCCAACGGUGGUUUAUCAGGUGGAAGUGGGAGUGUCGCAUCAGGAGCGACACCCAAAGACGUGCAACCUAAAAGCACCGGACACACAGUGGCUGACACAGCUGGCUCACAUCGCCACAGGACCUCAGAGUCCACUACUGCAGGACCCCCGGCAAGCCUGUUCCUCUUCGGCAGCUUCGCUGAACAUCGGCUGUGAUCUGCAUUCCUAUGCUCGACCUCCCCCACUGUCUGAGCGGACGCUGUCGCCCUCCAGAGGCCGAGGCAGGGAGCGACAUCACAGCAGGACGAGCAGUGAGUGUGACUCUGUGGUGUCGACCAGAUCGUCGCUAUCUGAUGAUGAAGAUAUGACGUGGAGCGUGUCAUGGCCUCCGACUGCCUGGCACUGUUUCCUCAAAGGUACACGUCUUCGUUUCCAUAGCGGUUCCAAUGUGGAGUGGCAGGAGGUGGAGGACCUGGACUCUGCUGCGGUACACUCUGAUGACAUGGGCCGGUCCAGCUCUCUGAAGAGUUACGGUUCUGAGGGUCUGCAGUUGGUGAAACAGACCGAGAACGUGAUGUCGGGGCAAGCUGUUCUACAGCUGACAUUUGACCCCGGGGCUUUCGGACAUUCACACAUGACCGUCCAAUGCCAGCUAGACCAUCCCUUCUAUGUCAAGGAUAAAGGAUGGUCGUCGUUCUACCCGAGCCUGACUGUGGUGCAUUAUGGGAUACCGUGCUAUGAAAUGGGCCUGGGGGAUGUGUGUCUGCCUCCAGGACACAGAGAUGCCAAACACACCGACGACUCUCGAGUUUUUGACACCUUCAGAAGCUACGACUUCACGCCGCUGGACUCGUCCGCCGUCUACGUGUUGAGCAGCAUGGCUAGAAGACGCAGAGCCUCUCAGUCCAGCGGGGGAGCCGUUUCCCCUGACAGAGACACGAGUCGCACGACACCAGACGCCCGCAGUCGCAGCCCCUCCCACCACACAGAGCGAAAACUAGUCAGAAGCCAUCCUGAAUCAGCAGAUGAGUCACCCAUCAAGUGCAAGAGACCGAUGAACGCUUUCAUGCUGUUCGCCAAGAAGUUCAGGGUGGAGUUCACACGGAUGUACCCGGGGAAAGACAACAGAGCCAUCAGCGUUUUGCUCGGCGAGCAAUGGAAGAAGAUGCGCAGCGACGAGCGGCGAGUGUUCACCGUACGUGCCAAAGCUCUGGCCGAUGAACAGAGGAAGCUGAACCCAGACUGCUGGAAACGGAAACGCACCAACUCUGGCAGUCAGGGGUUUUAGUGCCACAAGAAAUGGAGACGCGCUUUUGAACCGGCGACACAGCUCCCUCAUAGCAAAUCCUGAAACUCUCAGACACCAUUUUCCUUGUUUAUUAAUAAUUGUCAGUGCAACUUCUACGUACUCACAGUACUGUUGCGUGUCUUCAAAUAUUUAAUGCAACAAAUAAUAUAGAAAAAGUAGCUUUAAUGGACAUUAUAAAUGGGAUUUUGGUGCUACAUAUUUUAAUGAGAUAUUUACUUUCUGUAGCAAAGUUAUAUUUUUAUAUUAUAAAGUGUUCUUCUGGGGCUUUUAUUGUGAAGUGUAACAUUUCCUCGCCAAAAUACUCAACUUGUCGUUUCAACACCAAACUAAAAGUAAAACGUUAACAACCUUAUUAGCUUUUGUAGCACCUCAUAUUUAGCGUACAGUUGUCGCAGUUUUUUCUUUUUUUUUUUACCACCGUUAAAUCGGCCUACAGCCACGGUGAGUCGCAACAGCAGUAUUAUUUGGCUCAGAUCUGUGGAUUAAACGUAACCGAACAAGCCUUAAGUCAGGGUUGAUGCAAAUUCCUUGGGGUUGAAUUUAGUAUUUCCAAAAUACUAAAAAAAGCUUCUUCACAUCAAAGAGGUAAUUCGCCUGACUUUAGACACCCCAGCUGUUGGUGGUCGUGAAUCAGUCUUUCAAGUGAAUCACAUCUUCUCAUUGUACGACUGACUUCAAAGAGGAGCACCUCAGCCUCUUCCUGGGAGUGAAGUUUGCUUUUGCAACCUGACAGCAGGUCUUGAAUCAUAAUUCGAGUCAGUCUUACCGGAUAUGUCAACGUCCUAGUGCGUAGUCACAAGUGAGCGGAGCAUUUUCAUGGCAACAUAACAUCAUGAAAUUAUGUUUUAUAUAAUUAUGUUUUAUAUUAUUACACCAUAUUCAGCUUACAUGAAGCCCGACAACAAUGAAACUCAUCGGCAAAAUGAGGUGAAUUCAUCACGCACUAUAUUCACUUUAUCUCGUGCAACAGCAGCUGUGUAUGUAUUAAUGACAAACAUGUAUUUUAUUCCUCUAUGUUGGACUGUUUUCCUUUCAUGUGGAGAGAUGAUGCAAUAUUUCAUU